ACAUAUAUAUAGGUUUCUAAAUAUUUCCAAUUUUUGUAUUUAGAAAAUAAUUUUUAGUACAUUUUAUUUGGAACCAGUUAUAUUAAGAUGGAGAAGGUGAUGAGGUUGGCUACAGAAAAGGGUGUUGUGAUUUUCACCAAGAGCUCUUGUUGUUUGUGCUAUGCAGUGAACAUUUUGUUUCAAGAAAUUGGAGUGUUCCCUGUGGUUCAUGAAAUUGACAAAGAUCCUGAAGGAAAAGAAAUGGAGAAAGCUAUAACAAAGUUGGGUUGUAAUGCACCUGUCCCUGCAGUAUUCAUUGGAGGAAGGCUUGUGGGGUCCACCAAUGAAGUAAUGUCCCUACACCUAAGUGGUUCACUUGUUCCACUACUUAGGCCAUACCGAAUUUAACUUAAUUUGAUCAGUUUUAUUAUUAGGAAUACAUAUAUACAUGCAUAUUACACGUCCCAGCAGCUACCUUUAUUUGAAGAAUAAAUUAGUACUAGUACUAGUAGUAGUAAGUAAGAUAAGUAUUCAUAAUAUAAUAGUCUAUCCAAUGAUGUGUGAUUAAGUUUCUAUUAUUUGUUUGCUAUAUAAUGUAAUAAUCUGCUAAUCUUGAUACUUGUACAAGCUAUUGUGAUUCAACAAUUUUAAAGA